CGAUGAGAGGGAUUGUGCUGGGUCUGUUGGUGUGUUUUUCUGUUCUGUAUAUUGUUCUUGUUCUUGUUUUUCUUUUCUUUUGUUUUCUUUUCUUCUACUUUGUAUCCUUCAGAAUCCUGUUAAUCUGUUUGUUUUGGGAGGGCUUUGCGUGCAGUCUAUUUCCUUAAGCUGUUCUAUUUCUCCUUAUUUUUC